AUGCACGACUUCGAACUUGAUGGCGAAGUCGCGAAAUACGCUCCAUGCCACCCGAGACAAUGGAGAGAUGAAGAUGCUAUCAGCCACGACCGAACACUCCUCGCCUUUACAUCUGGUCAUGAGCGCGUCCUCAUCUACCACAUCGAACCGCAGCAGCUGUGCCAAGUACUUGAUGGCGCAGGCCAUUUGAGGCCAACGCCAGCAUACGCUAUUGGUUGCAGUAUCACAGGUCAAGGCAGCAGAAGUGGCAUCAACAAUCAGCUCGUCUUCUGGGAGUCGGACGAACAGGGGCGCCUGCUGGAUCAGGAAGAACCCAUUGAUGCGUCUGCGUUUGCAACGCAAACGAUCGAUGCAAUUCUCCCUGAUCUUGCAAAUAGGCACAACGACUCCACGCAGUCCGGCAUGCUAGCCCCUGAGGGUCUCCUAUGUGUCGUUGUGGAUGUCAUCAAUGCAAAAGAGAUCCACCGUCUCUUCGGUCAUACCGACGCUAUCGUGUGGUCUGCUAUCAGUCCUAAUAAUGCGCACAUAGCCUCAGUCGCCUGGGGCGGAACUCUGCGCAUGUACUCGGUAGUUACGGGAAAACUUGAAUGGACUACCUCUGGAGGUGGGCAAGCUUGGACAGGUGCCUUCUCUGCCGACUCGAGGCAUAUAGUAUGGAGCACAGUAAACGGACAUACUGUCAUCGUACAUGACGUGCUAGACGGCCGCAGCAGGUUUACAUUUCCCAAAACGUUUCGCGACUGGUGUCGCAACGUUGCAUGGCAUCCAGAUGGGAAACAAAUCGCACUGUGUGCUGGCAAGCAUGGGUAUGUCUGGUGUCCGUUUGAUGGCGAGCAAGGCCAAAUCAUGCAGCACUAUCAGAUGGAGGAUGAUAAGAACUGGCGGUCAACGGCAAGUGUCGAAGACAUCGACUGGUCGCACAACGGUCGCUCCUUACACCUGUACUUUUACGAGGGCACAAACCUGGUCUACGACACUCAGAACAACACGAAGGAGUUGUUCAUGCGUCCCAGAGGCGUGGACAGCGCAUGGACAGAUAGCGGCUUCUACGGGUAUAUCAAGGUCACUGGCUUUCAGGAUGGCUACAUCAGUGUCGAUGGCGAUGACAAGGUAAGAAACUGGCCGGCGGGAACUUCUACUCCGAAGUCCUGA